AUGGCCGAAACUGAAAGACCCCACCGUUCGUCAAGUAUUAACAGCAGCAGCAACAACAACAAUGCUUCUUCUUCUUCAUCUACCGAUCUAUUCAUUUGUUUCACAUCUCGUUUCUCAUCUUCUUCUUCCAUGCGUCUCUCUUCUAAAUCCAUCCAUAGUCCAGCUCGUUCCGCUUGUCUCACCACUUCUCUCAGCCGUCGUCUCCGUACCAGCGGUAGCUUAAAGAACGCUUCAGCUGGAGUUUUGAACUCUCCGAUGUUUGGUGCUAAUAACAGUGGAGGAGGAGGACGCAAGAGAUCUGGAUCUGGUUACGAGAAUAGCAACACCAACAACAACAAUAACAACAUAGAGCCGUCGUCUCCUAAGGUUACGUGUAUUGGUCAGGUUAGGGUGAAGACUAGGAAGCAUGUUAAGAAGAAGAUGAGAGCUAGAUCUAGGAGGAAAGGAGGAGGUGAGACUAGUUUCAGAAGAUCGGCUGAUCAAAACGACGGCGGUAGCGGUAGUGGUAGUGGUGGUGGAUGUCGUUUUGAUGCGACUGAGAAUCGCUGGGUUCAUCUUCCGGUGACUAUAUGUGAGUCGUUGAGAUCGUUUGGUUCCGAGCUCAACUGUUUCUUCCCGUGUAGAUCUUCGUGUAUGGAGAACAGUCAUCAUGGUGAUGGGAGCAGGCGGCGAGUUGAGAGUAACAACGACGGUUGCGGCGGCGGCGGCGGAGGAAAGUCUUGUGGUGCGGUGUUUACGAGGUGGUUUGUAGCGGUGGAGGAGACGUCGUCGUCGGGAGGGAAGAGAAGAGAGAUUGAGCUUGUUGUUGGUGGAGAAGACGAAGUUGAGGAAGAUAGACGGAGGAGUCGUCGGAGACAUGUGUUUGAGGGGCUUGAUUUGAGUGAGAUUGAGAUGAAGACGGAGAAGAAAGAGAGAGGUGGAGGAGGAGGAGAAGUUGGACGGAUGAGUAUAUGUUCACCGCCGAAGAACGCUUUGUUGUUGAUGCGGUGUAGAUCCGAUCCGGUUAAAGUGGCGGCGUUAGCUAACCGGGUUCGCGAAAGACAGUUGUCGUUAAACGACGGCGUAUACAGAGGAGGAAGAGAAGAGGAGGAAGAUGAUGAGAGAAGAAGAAGGUUUGAGUUGGAGAUUGAAGACAAGAAACGGAUCGACUUGUGUGAGAAAUGGAUCUCUGGGGAUACUAAUGUCGAGAGAGAAGAAGUUGCAGUUGUUGAAGGUGAAGCUGAAGCUGAAGCAGAGGUGGUUCCUCUGGUUUCAAAUCCAGUUACAGAGGAAGAAGAAAGAGUCCAAGUUCUUGAAGAUUCGAUUGUUGAAGCACAAGAAGAAGAAGGUUCGAAUUCGUAUGAGGAAGAAGAAAUUGAAGCUACGAUAUUGAAGAACAUUGAAGAAGAUAUCAGAAAAGCCAUAGAAGAAGAGGAGCACAUGGCUGAGAUGGCUGAUGAGGAAGAAUUAGCUGCGGUGGCUGAGGUCGAGGAAGAAGAAAGCAAAGAGGUUGCUUCUGUAACCACGGGAAACGAGGAAAGAUCCGAACAAGGAAACAGAGAACCCGACCCGAGUCCAGAAGUGGUGAUGAGAGGAGGAAGUCAACUUGAGAAGACGACGGCGACGCCGUAUAAGGUGUUACCGGAUUGUUUGCUGUUAAUGAUGUGUGAACCAAAGCUAUCAAUGGAAGUUUCCAAGGAGACUUGGGUUUGCAGUACAGAUUUCGUCAGAUGUUUACCAGGAAGACCUCCGGCGAAGAAGAUACCACCAGAAGCUACCGGAGAUAAUAAUAAUAAUAAUAAUCAUCAUCAUCAUCAACCCAAGAAGCGAAUUGUAACCGCCGUUGAUUCCAACGCAUCUUCUCGCCGGCGUUCAAUCGAUAAACCACCGUUACACCUACAGCCGCCACGGUCAUCGUGUUCAUACCCAGCAGCUCCACCGAUAAUAACGGCGGCUGCGGCGGUUGGUGAGCAGAAGGUAGCCGGAGCUAAUAAGGCGUACGAGCCACCAGUGCUGCCACGUUGCAAAUCGGAACCUAGGAAGUCAGCGUCAAAGCUUGCGCCGGAAGCUUGUUUCUGGAAAAACAGAAAGCUGGAGCCACAUCCUCAGGCAAGCGUCGGAGUCGGCGCCGCCGGAGUAGGGUUCUAGGAUAAGGGGGGACGUGAGUGGGGAAUAAAGAGAACUAUUUGGGUGUAAUAGUAAUUUCAAAAUACUAUAAGUCCUUUGUUUGUAAAUUUUGUUUUGCUUAGUCAUAAUUCAUUUCUUUCACUGUGCCAA